AUGAAAAUAGUUUCCCGUUGCAGUAAACGUGUGGCGCAAAAAUUGGAAGAUCGGGCGACUUCGUGGAAAUCGAUAUGGUUAUGUUAUUUGGUACAGAUGCUGAGUGGUGUUCAAUUCUCGAUGUAUUUCACCUCAAUGUGGCCAUAUUUUUCGCAGCUCGAUUCAGAUGCCACUAUGUCUUUCUUCGGAUGGAUCAAUACAGCAUACAGUUUGGGACAGAUGAUAGCAAGUUGGGUAUUUGGAUAUUGGAAUCAGAAAACGAUGCGAGCAAAACAACCUGCAUGUUUUGGCUUAUUCAUUAUGGCAUUGGGUAAUACCUUAUACGCCGUGCUACCGGAAGUACCCUUCCAACGCAAAUGGCUCAUGCUUGUGGCUCGUUUACUAGUUGGAUUCGGAUCUGCGAAGGUAAUGGCAUUGUCGAAUGGCUCGUUCGUGCUUGGAAUAUCACUUGGGCCUGCAGUUCAGGCAAUUUUCACGCCGAUUGGCGAAGAAGGAUUUGUCUUAGGGACAGUUCUGAUCAAUAUGUACACAUUACCACCCAUGAUCAUGGUGCCUGUAUCGUUGGUCUCAAUAUUCCUUCUUGGUGUUUUCUUCACUGAAAACUAUGCUGGUACGAUUUCCGAAGAAGACAAGAAAGCUGUUCGGGAUGUCGUCGAGCAUUCAUACGAAACUUCAUUUCAGAUUCUUUUAUUGUGGUUCCAAAAUGCGAUCGAGUGGCCGCAUUCUCCUGCAUCUAUCUAUGGUUCAUGUUUCAAACAAUCGCUACCAGUGUUGAAGUGUUUAACAAUGACUCCACUGACGAUGGUUCUUUACAAUUGGAACGAUAGAACUGCAGUUCUGUAUAAUGGUAUUAUUCACAUAAUUGGAUGUAGCAUUGACGUUAUAAAUUAUCUCAUCCUUUGCUAUACACCUGUACGCCGAGUAGAUAAACGCAAGCUGAUGCUGUUCAGUAUGUUGUGCUUCAUUUUUUAUUACAUUGCUACAUCACCUUGGCCGUUCUACAGUGGUUCUCUUGACUUCAUCAAAAUUGGUACAGGGUUAAUGCAAGGAAUUUUUGAGUUUGGCGGAUGUGUGGCACGUUGUAUUGCACCAGUUAUUUUAACUAAGCUCUUCGAGAGUUCCGGCUACCUCUGGAUUAACGUGAUCGAUUUGACGUUGCUUUUUAUCGGAUUCUCACUACUAAUCAUAUUCUACGGACGAAUCGUUCCACUGAACCUUAAGCCGAAUGUUGGAGUUGCAACACGCUAUAAACGAGGAAUGUUUUAUCGACUUUAA